AUGUUUGAUACAUUAACCAUGUUGUGUUGGUUUGGUUGUGGUUGGGUGUAGACCGUCGGUCGCGUACUGCGAUAAACGUGUGAAACCAAACGCAGAAUAAUUUCCAGUUUGUUCUUGUUGGUCAGCCAGUGAGUUUGCAACAACCCGAAAAGUUCGCUAGGUUUUGUUCAGUGGAAAUUUCAUUCAGUUUAUGUAGAAAUUGGAGCGGAAAACAAUGCACAAUCGUUUAACGUGGGAAAAAUUUCAAAAACCUAUUCGGUAUUCAAUGACCCGGUCGGCCAGCAUUGUAAAUGUAAAUUCGCGUUGAUGAAGAUACCAAUUACAUUCUAGAUUUGAGCUUCUGUGAUAUAAAUAUUUGCCCGGUUCUGUUCACUGGAAACAAGUCUGUGAUAUAAAAAUGGUAGCCGAGAGUGAUACAGUGAUUUGCUUAGAAAGACAUUGUCAAGGCGCGCACCAUGAAGGUGUCGAUUGUUCUAAGCCAGAAUACGAAAUAAAUAAUAAUAGUGAUAAUUUUGGUACAAAUGGAGAGUAUGGGAGAAAUGCUGUGAUGGUUCGCAAAAGCAAUGCCAUCCAGUAUAGGACAAUCCAGGACCCAGCUAGCCAAAGGUUGACAUGGUACAAGCCGCCUUUGACUGUUCUGGUCAUAAAGAAGGUGCGAGAUGCCACAGUUUACUCCCCUUUUGUUAAAUUAGUGCAAUGGCUCAUACAGGAAAAACGAAUGGUUGUGUUUGUGGAGGCCGCUGUAAUGGACGAUCCUCACCUAGAACAAUUUUCCGAAUUUCCUUCUGUGAAGGACCGACUCAUGACCUUUAGGCUAGGAAAAGACGACCUUACGGAUAAGAUUGAUUUUAUCGUGUGCCUUGGAGGUGAUGGCACGCUGUUAUAUGCAAGCCAGCUGUUCCAGCAAUCGGUGCCUCCUGUUAUGGCUUUCCAUUUAGGCUCUCUAGGGUUUCUGACCCCAUUUUUGUUCGACAACUUCCAAGAGCAAGUUAAUAAUGUAUUGGAAGGACAUGCGGCUCUAACGUUGAGGAGCCGAUUGCGGUGCAUUGUAAUGAAGCAAAGCGACAGUGUAGCCGAAUCGGAAGGCAACAAGCAAAAUAAACCCAGCAGCUUUCUGGUGUUGAAUGAAGUGGUGAUUGAUCGAGGCCCCAGUCCAUACUUGUCCAAUAUCGACUUGUUUUUGGAUGGAAAACACAUCACGUCUGUUCAAGGGGAUGGACUAAUAGUUAGCACUCCAACUGGAAGUACGGCCUAUGCAGUUGCCGCGGGAGCCUCAAUGAUCCAUCCAAGCGUUCCUGCCAUUAUGGUGACGCCAAUUUGCCCUCAUUCUUUGAGCUUUAGGCCAAUUGUGGUUCCAGCAGGAGUGGAAUUAAAAAUUUCAGUAUCGCCGGAAAGUCGCAACACUUCAUGGGUCUCGUUUGAUGGACGGUGCAGGCAAGAACUCCUGCAUGGGGACAGCUUAAGAGUGACUACAUCCAUCUAUCCAGUACCCAGUAUAUGCGCUCAAGAUCAGAUCUCCGAUUGGUUUGAUUCGCUAGCCGAAUGCCUGCAUUGGAACGUCCGCAAAAGGCAAAAGCACAUGGAUGAACUUGAAGAUUUAACUCGUUCGAGUUCGAACGACACUCUGGAUUCAAUUGGGCGUGAGAGCAUCAGCAAAUAAUACGGUGUCAAAGAUAUAAAAAUAAAAGCCUCUGAUGACAAUACAGUAAACACAGUUUUAUACGGGGAUUUAUAUUAGAGCUUGAAAGCUAUUUGAAAUACAGUUAUCAUCUAAUUGAAGAAAUCGGUAAUUUGAAAUAAUGUGUUUUAACUUUUUCCCACCUUUUUUUAGUGUAUGUAGAAUGUUGUUUGGAUAAACUGGUCUACAAAAAUUGGCAAAACACUGCAUUUUUUGCUAAAACGUAUUUAAAAUGUGAUUUUAUUCGAUACCAAGACAAGAAAUUUGCUAUUACGAAAAAUGGCCGUAAAUCAAAAUACUGACACCGGCAGAAUUUUUCAGCGAUUUUGGUGUGCAAUCUGGUGAUAAAAUAUUUAGCUGUUGUUAACGUUAAGUUUAAAUAUAUUUUUAUUAAAUUUGCGGUUCUGGUUAUUUAUAUGUACCUUUAUAGUAUUUAUUAUGAUGAUUUUGUCAGAAGUUUAUGCACAAUUUUCAAUGGUCAAUACUACUAAAGUGCCAAUUUCAAUUGCCAAAUGGUAUUUCCCUAUGAUUUCUGACAAGAUCUUUCUAAUAAAUUAUGCACGUGGAUAAAUAAUUAGCUAGUUAAGAGGCAAUUUAAAUUGUAAGAAUGAAAAAAUCGACCAAUAAAUUUUUAAGAGCCAAGUAAUAUUUGUCUAAACAGUUGUAAAAUUCACACUUUUUUAUUAAAAAAAAUUGUUUGCAAUUC